AUGGCGACAGCGAGAUGUGGUGUGUUGGUUCUGUCGCUGUGUGUUUGUUUCUUACUAAACUGCUGCACUGUUUCCGAUGGGGCUAAAUCUUUGCCAGAUUUCACGAGUGUCAGGACAUGGGCAAGACGUCUCGAUCUCAAGUGGAAGCAGUGGAUUUCCAUUUUGACCGGAUACGACACAGUCCAGCUGAGAUACCAGGCAGCAUCCAACCUGUCGGCGUCCCAGUCCCUGGAUGUCCAGGUGACGUUUGAGAAGGUCGUAGGAGCGGAGCUUGUCCGUGGCAUGUCCGCUGACCUGUCCAUAAUGUUUAAUAAGAAAAUGAAAUUAUUGAAGAACACUGUGGAAGUUGCUGAAACGGCAGCAGCAAGCCAUGUCUGGAACGGCUCACUGGAGAAGAAGGACGUCCAUUUCUACAACACUAAGGAGAUGCAGGAUGUCGUCUUGGAGUACGACGAACGCUUCCAGCAGAAGAUCAAUGAUUCGUUCUCCAGCGUUCACAUCCCUGUCGAGAUAUACGAGGGAGAUGCUGAAAUCCUGAACGGUUUGAAGUGGACGGCAGACCUCGACACGGCAUUUAAAGACAACUAUGACGAGGAUGAGGAGAUCCUCUGGCAGUACUUCGGCAGUAAGACCGGCUUCAUGCGAACCUUCCCAGCCAGCAGCUGGAAGAUGCAUGGUAAAGUUGACAUGUACGAUGUCAGGAGACAAUCCUGGUAUACACAGGGCUCUAGUUCGCCAAAGGAUAUGAUGAUUCUCAUUGACAAGAGUGGCAGUACUCACGGUCAAGCCCUGCAGUUGAUGAAGGUCACAGUUAAGUCAAUUCUCGACACACUCGGAGAAAACGACUUCGUCAAUAUUGUCGCAUUUUCGCAAGAAGCUGAAUUUGUGAGCACGUGUUUCAACCACACACCUUUUGUCCAGGCCAAUCACCGCAACAAACAGAGGCUGUCUCGCGAUGUCGAUAUGCUGAAGGCCUCGGGCAUGGCCAACUACAAGGUGGGACUCAAGUUCGUCUUCGAACAGUUCGAGAAGUUUAGCAAUAGCACUGACCCACUGGCUGGUUCUGGGUGUAACAAGGUGAUCAUGUUACUGACGGACGGAGGGACGGACAACGCAGAAGAAAUCUUCAAGCACUACAACUGGCCUAACAAAACGGUGCGAGUGUUCACGUAUGCCAUUGGUCCAACAGCCAACCCUACAACAGCCAUACGGUGGAUGGCCUGUGCAAAUCGAGGAUUCUUUUCACAAAUACCCGCCAUGGGUGCGAUAAGAGCAAAAGUCCAGGAUUAUAUUCCUGUGCUAAGUCGGCCACAAGUUCUGUUGGAUUUGAAGCAUUUUCAAUGGGGUGACCUCUAUUACGACCACUUGGGCUUGGGGAUGAUGACGUCAGUCACAUUGCCGGUUUACAACCGCACCAUCGGCUCGUCGAAUCAGACAAUUCUCGGAGUGAUGGGGAUUGAUGUCACCACGGAGGCGAUGAGACGGAGAACUCCAACACAACAGGUGACUCAAAUACUACACAGCUAUAACGAGAACCAGUAUCUCGACGUUGGGAAGUUCCUGGGUAAAGUCGACCCUCCUGUGAUGGAGACACUGUUCAACAAGUCGCUAUACAUAAGGAACAAGCAGUUCGACUUCCAGGGAGUAUGCUACAAAAAUGAUAGUGAAGUCAGUGCCGGACCAUCCUCUUUGAGAAUUCCAUCGGUGAACUUACUCUUCGACGCCCUGUCGCUGAACUGGUGGACGAGCAAAUUAGCCUGGGCAUAUUUGAAUUUUAACCUUUUUAACUGGUUCACUACAUCAACUGCAGAGCUGACCAUUCCCACAGACGAGAAUCUAUACCACUGCAACAAGUUCAUGUACCAGUAUUACUAUGGCGACACGCAGGAGGUCAACGAACCGAUUAUCUGUGAUAAUUGUACAAGGACUAUAAUGGCCGUGAAGAUAAUAGAGAACACCAACCUGUUGCUUGUUGUGACGGACCCGAUGUGUGAUGAGUGCACUAACAUGUACCCACCAUUGCCACAGGAACCUAUGGAAGUAACUGAAGAAGAGGAGGAAGAGGUGAUUUGUGAGAUGGCGAAAUACCCCGAGUUUCGCAGACAGAGUAAAGAAUGUUAUAACUACGACCCAAGAGAAGACGAUACGAAGUGUGGCUGCUCGUCUCUACUGUCCGUGUCCAAGUCACAGCUGUUGGUGUUGUACGCAACGAUGUGUACGUUGGUGCUGCUGAUGUCGGACAGAUGACCGGUGUUACCCGACUAACCUGUGUUUACCUUCCUAACAAAGCUGUGAGCUGCCUUCCACGUCCUGGUUAUCACGUCUCCUCAGGGGCGGUUACACAAUCUUUCUAGAGGGGUGGGGUGUAAUACUUGUCCCCACAGACUCUUCUCCUCAGAAACAUUUGAUCAACUCCCAUAUUAAGAAGAAUUAUAUUUGUCUGUUAAACAUGGAUCUUGGGGUCAUUUUGAAGUUCAGGGAGGGCAAUGACACCCUAGGGCGGUUACACAAUCUUUCUAGGGGGACUUCAACAGUUGUUGGGGUCAUUUUGAAGUUGGGGAAAGUCGAGGGAAACCCCAUUAUCUACCCCGUGGAUCUGCACCUCCAUGACUUGACAGAUAAUUAAUACAGACUUUAGUAUUUUCUUACAGAUCUAUGUAUUAUCAGUGUAAGAAAACCAUACUUUAUCAACAGUGAAGUUUGGUUCUGGAAAAUUCUUAAUGAUCCAGUUUUACUUAGCAAAGAUUCCCUAUAAGAAAUUGUGUGCACUUUCUUGUGUGUGUCUAUUUUAAAAUGUGCAGAUUUAUCCAAACUUAUGAGUGUAAUCUGUUUUUCUAGGUACAUACUAACUAUACAUCUACAAUUUAACCUUUUGUGACACAAUUGUUUUUGUUUUUUUAAAUUUUGGCCUCAUAUUAAGUUGACUGUAGAAUGUUACAUUCAUAAGCAUGAACAAUUGUGAGUGGUUUUAAUAUUGUUAUAAAUACUUUUUAUAGAAAUCCUGAAAUAUAAUCGUUUGUAACUAGACAUCUACCUUAUAUUUUGUAUGGUGAUAGAAACAUUAACUGGAUAUUAAUGGCAAUAAUCAACAUACAUUUUAUGGCGUUAACGUUUGUGUGAACAGAUUUAACAUUAAACUCUGUUUAAUUAACAGUAUUUCUAAGAUAGCUUGCAGCUUUUUCUAGGAAGCAUAUUCCAACUGAAACAUAUCCAACUUAUCUGCCCUAACAGUUUAUUUAUGAAAGAAUAUGUGAAUUGUUUACCUUGCUGAAUGUUUACUUGGUGUGCUCAAAGCUCUGUAUUUAUUGUGUACAGCUCAAUCUGAUAUAAUGGACACUCUGUAUAACAGUCACCUGUUUACUGAGGACACUUUACUGUAUGCUUCCCGUGCACAGGUGCAGUAUCUUGGAGGGGGAGCCAGGAAGCGGAGCACAGAGUUUAAGAUGCACCCUCCCAAGAUUAUUAGCAGUUCAGCUGAUCUUUAGUUAUUUUUAAAUUUCAGUUAGCCAAUUUGGCUGAGCCCACAAAAGGAACAUGAUUUUUUAUUUAAGGCUAGGCUUUUGUAAUGAAAUAAGAACUUUGUACAGAGCACUGGUGGGGAAAACAAGGCAUGUGCGCCCCCCCCCCCCCCCAAUUUGUAGCAGCACCGAUGGUUUAUAUAUAUUUAUAUUUGUGUGUGUGCUCCCCCCCCUCCCCCCAACACUUUUUGGCACCUUCCUACACCUGUUUUGAAUUGGCACAAACAUCAAUAGCUAAGACAAUGCACCCAUGUUUUAACAAUUGUCUGUAUAGGUAUUGGCUGUUAAUAGCAGGUGUCCAUUAUAGACAGGUUGGGCUGUAUAAUUCUGUUGUGUUAUGUAUAUAGCUGUUUUUUACACUCUACAGAUAGAAUUUGUAAAUACCACAAGGAAUCCAAGAGUAUGUUAAACCUACUUCUUGUUUAUUAUGUUGUUGUUGCAGUUUGAACUAUAGUAAUUACACAUUUCCACGUUCUUACAUUAAUGAUGUUAUCACACCUGUGUACAAUACAUGUAUUUAUUAAUUCACAUUGUGCAGUAAAUAUGUUAUCACAC